AUGGAAUUUCAUCAGAGCAGUGCAGCGACGGCGGCGUUCGACGACGUUGCGACCAACACGUCAAAAAUCGCUACGUCUCUCUACGGACGCAACAUGAGUUUCGAUAAACAAAGUGCCGGCUCUAAUUGCUGUCGAAUUUGUCACGAAGAUGAAAAAUUGGAAGAAUUGAUAGAUCCUUGCAAAUGUUCUGGCACAUUGAGCCUAAUCCAUGCUUCUUGUUUGGAAAAAUGGUUGUCCAUGUCGAACAGCGAUCGUUGCGAGAUUUGCAACCUGUCAUUCGAGAUACAGAGGAACUAUAAACCGUUAUUACAGUCUUUCAGACAAUGGUGGAGAACUAGAAACAGAUACGGACCAGAAGGUAUAACUGGCGAUAUAGUGUGUCUGAUACUGUUAACUCCACUUUGUAUCGCGGCAACAUACUUAUGCGCAAUUGGCGCAUCCGCUUAUACCAGGCUUGGUUUUUGGGAGGGAACAGGCUUGACUGUCCUUUAUAGCACGUUGGUAACUACUUAUUGCUUGUGGUUGAUUGUCACUAUCAGAUUUCAUUAUAAGUCGUGGCAACAAUGGCGCAGAAGAAAUCAAGACGUUAAGUUAAUAGUAAAGCACAAACCCAAAACAUGUACCAUUGAAUUCUCAAAUCCUUUGGAAAAUGAAUUUACGAUUUAAAAGCAUUCAAUAAUUUUGAUAAACAAUUUACAAUUCAUAAAUUUCAUUGAAAUCGUCAAAACUACUGAAAUUACUAUCUGUAUAUUGUCAUGUUCGCGUCUUAAUUUGCCAUUAUAAGAAUCUUAUCUUCCUAUACUUUUAAAGUGAUUUGCCUUCCGAUCAUUUGAAAUAUGUACAUUGAUACGGAAUGAUGUGAGUACAGUCUGCUCAAAUCUGUACAACAAUACAAGUUUAUGUAAUAUCGUGCUAUUAAAUAAUUUAAAGCUCAGAUGUAUUUAACAUUGUGAAUGCGUCAAUAUUGUGAAUCGAUACUGUGUGAUAUUAAUAAGCGUUCAAAUAAUGAAGUACCUGAGCCGAGAGAUAAAUUAGUUUAAUCGAUAACUCCGUUAAUUUUAUGAAUAAUUAGUUAUGCGUUUUUCAAAAUUUAACAAUUGAACGAUAAUGUUCCCUCGAAAUUUUUAAACGUUCAUAUAUGAUUAAUAUUAUUUAAUCAUUGUGUUUAUGUGAUAUUAAUGUACUUACUUAUCAUCUCAUGUUUUCGAAGGAGAAAAUACUGAUCUGUGUUUUCAGUCUUUUUUACCUUGUAUUGAGAUUAUUUAAUUAAUUUAAUGCAAUGCUAUAUACCAUUUUUAAUAAAUUAUUUGUAUACGUCUCCAGUAUUAAAACGAGUGAUAUUUAAAUUAGAACGUACUUAUUAAAGAAGUAUGCAGGCGAAUUUUGUAUAUUUAUAUGUGUAUUUUCAUAAAAACGAAACAGUGUAUGAACUAAUGCACAAGAUUUUAGUACGUGCACUUUUUGUAACAAGAUAUUCGAAGUAUAUAUAAUGAUACAUUUAAAAUGAUAAGAGACUUUUGUACUGCGUUUGAAAAAGUAUUUCUUCUUGCCACUUAAUUUUAAUAAGAGCAUCAGUAAACAGUAAAGAUAAAUUUGUCAAAAACAUUGAAAAAGAAUACGGCGUCAGUUGUAAUUAUUUUUUAUAAUUUAUUUACAAUAAUAUCUGAAUAAUAUGAAAUUUGUAAAUAAUAAAAUGUGUUUAACUAUGUCAAUUAUGCGUUUGAUAUAUGCAGUUGACCCUCAUGGAAAAAUAUAAGUAAAACAUUUAAUGUUAAACAGAGUAGUUAUGGAUUUUUAUUUGACAUUGAUAUUAUCAUGAAACAAUUAUGAUAAUGGAACAAUCUAGGAGAAUCCUAGCGUUCUUAUCAAAUGUGAUAUUAGACUAAUCACUGGACGAAGAAUUUAGUGUAUAUAAAUUGGUAAAAAUAGAAAUAGAUCACAUAAACUGUUACAAUAAAUACAGAUUUUUUAAUUGAAUUAAAGAAAAACUGUGAUAUAGAUUAUACUAUUAAGAUAAUAAAUAUAUCUGUUUAUAUUAUUUAAUAAGUUCAUCGAUUGUAAUUAAAUUAUUCAUGAAAAUUGUUAGAACAUUUCCGACAAUUUAAUCAGUUAACAGGCAGACAAUCGUUAAGAAACUAUAGUAAGCUUUUCUACGAUCAACUUGUAAGCUUCUAAGAAGCUUGUAUAAAUCAUAGAUACAGUUUAUGAACAAGUGUAGUGACAAGCAUAGCAGCAAUAUAUAGGAAAUAUCUUUUGGAAUAUUUAUAGUGAUGGCGUGUUAAAAAUUCUUUUAAAAGACCGAUAAACAUGAAAGCGAAGACAACAAUCAAAUGCUUAUAAAAAUAUUUGACAAUAUCUUUAAAUUUCUUUAAUUUAAUUUACUGUUGUAUCUCUUAUACUAUAGAUAUAAAUAAAUGUAUUAUUGCAUGUGUAUAAUAUAUCAUAAUUUUUUAAAUGUUGUUUCCCUGAAUAUGAAAUAUUUGACAUGAAUUACGUUAGCAAUUUUAUAUAUUUAACAUGCUUCCGCAAUAGGACUUAAUAUUAAAACAUUGUCAGUCCAAUUUAUGCCAAUUUUAGAAGGACAGUAUGAAUAUUUCUUUGACAUUAAAUGCAAGGCAAUAUCUUAUGAAUGUACUUCUUAAAAUUUGCAUACGAAUAUUCGUCUUCACGAUCGAAUAUCAAGGUCAAGGAAACUACUAAAUAAUUUAAAUAAAUGUAAUAUAUGAAUUAAUAAAUCGCCACGUACUUGAAUAUUUGUAAAACGAUCGUGCGAUCUUCAAAGAAAAAGAUCUGCAGA